AUGAGCGUCGGUGCGCAGCAAGUGUCGGCACGGACAGCGUCGGCUGAGCUUACAGCCGAGGUCUCGUGCCAUGGAGGCUACGGAUAAUUUGUUACUGAGCAACAUGAAGGAGGAGUGUCCGAUAGAAGAUCCUCCCAAGGAGAACAAAAAGAACACAUCAUCCCAGUACAAACAAUGGGCGGCCUGCUUUUCAGCUACUUUGUCGAUGGUCGCCGUAGGCACCGUGUAUGGCUGGUCGACCACAACCAUACCGCGCUUGACAAACGUGAAUAUGACAGAUCGCGCAGUGCCCCUUACAAGUGCCGAGGCCUCGCUGGUCUACUCGAUAACCUACUUAGGCUCGGUCAUCGGCCCGUUCUACGAAGCUUACUUUUCCGCCAUCUACGGCCGCAAAUACAGUCUACUCCAGACUCCCGUGUUCUACAUCGUGGGCUGGAUGCUGAUCGCCUUCGCCCAAAACGCCUGGUACUUGUACGUCGCGCGAGUCAUCCACGGGAUCGGCGUCGGCAUGUCCUACUCCGCCAAUCCCAUGUACGUCUCGGAGAUAGCCGACACCAACAUCCGCGGCGCGCUCAGCACCAUCAUAGCCGUCAACGUCUUCACCGGCUCCCUACUAGCCUGCAGCGUUGGCCCGUACACGUCCUACCACGUCCUCGUCUACGUCCUCAUGGCCGUGCCGGUGCUGUUCGUCGCCACCUUCAUCUGGUUCCCCGAGAGCCCCUACUGGCUCGCGACCCAGGGCAGGGACGAGGAAGCCAAGAAGGCCAUUGGCUUCUUCAAGGGGAUCGAUGAACCGAUGGGUAUAAACUCUCACUUUGAAGUUUUAGUUAAAUGGGUUGAAAAACUGAGAUCCCGGAAAAAAAAAAAUAGAAUGGAUACAACUGCACCGGUUGGAUCUGGGAUCCAGAAGAGGAGCCAGUGGAAACAAUGGGCAGCCUGUCUAUCCGCCACCCUGUCGAUGGUGUCAGUGGGCACCGUUUACGGCUGGACCACCACAACGAUCCCACACCUGACCGGCAACUCCAGCACCCACAAUGGCGAGGUUCCCCUGCACCUAACCUCGGACGAGUCGUCCUGGGUCAUUUCCAUCACUGCAAUUGGCUCUAUGCUCGGCCCCUUCUACGGCGUCUACGUGGCCGCGACCCUCGGUCGCCGACCAUGCCUACUCCAGACCUCCCUGUUCUACACCCUGGGCUGGCUGCUCGUCACCUUCGCCCAAAACGCCUGGCACUUGUACGCAGCGCGAGUCAUCCUCGGCUUCGGCGUGGGCAUGUCCUACACCGCCAGCCCCAUGUACGUCUCGGAGGUGGUGGACGUGGGCAUCCGCGGUGCCGUUGGCAGCCUCGUAGCCGUCAACGUCUUCACCGGCUCCCUACUAGCCUGCAGCGUUGGCCCGUACACGUCCUACCACGUCCUCGUCUACGUCCUCAUGGCCGUGCCGGUGCUGUUCGUCGCCACCUUCGUCUGGUUCCCCGAGAGCCCCUACUGGCUCGCGACCCAGGGCAGGGACGAGGAAGCCAAGAAGGCCAUUGGCUUCUUCAAGGGGAUCGAUGAACCGAGCGAGUUGGCCGAGGAGUUGGCCGACGUGCGCUACGACAUGGGCGAGGACACCGGCCACCUCGAGUUCAGCUUCGCCAACGUCCAUCUACUGCUCGAACCUACAAACAGGAGGGCACUGCUGAUCGUGAUGGUCCUGGUCCUGGGCCAGCAGUUGAGCGGCAACUUCAGCACGAUGCAGUACCUGGAGCAGAUGUUUGGUGACGCGGGGAUAGGUAUUGGUCCGGACGUGGCGACGAUCAUCGUGUCCGGGGUGGGUCUGGCGUCGGGGGUGGCCUCGGCACUGUGCGUCGAGAGGACGGGCAGGCGGCCCUUGCUGUUGGCGGCUAGUCUCGGUUGUGCCAUCGCCCUUGGCGUUCUGGGGGCUUACCUGUCGCUGAGGGGUGAGGGCGUGGACGUGUCGGCGGCGAACCUGUUGCCCGUGGUCGACGUGGUCGUUUACCAGGUGGUCUAUCAGAUGGGGCUGGGCACGAUGGCGUACCUGCUGAUUGGCGAGCUGUUCCCGGUGAACGCGAAGGGCGUCGCCGGGGCCGUGGUCACGAUAUUCGAUGGCCUGCUGGAGUUCGCCGUCACCAAGAUGUACGAGGUUGUUUUUUCUACUGUGGGCUCGCGAGUGGUCUACGUGUUCUUCACCGUCUCGUGUUUCGCGCUCUUUGGGUUUGUUUAUGGGUUCGUGCCCGAGACCAAGGGCAAGACGUUCCACGAGAUUCGGGACAUACUGGGGGAGUGGCGACCGUUUCGCGCGUCGAAAGCCAAAGGCAAGGAUACGCUCGCUAUGAAGUGACACCGUGGGAGAAACUGUGUUUGUCCAUUGAUGCAUUUUUUGGCAUACAGACUAUGAGACUGACAUUCUUACAAUUAGCCAUAAUUUGUGGUUGAAUCGGUAGUCGAGACUACUGCAAGAGUUACUUAUCACAUGUUUUUUUUUUCGCAUCAUCGGUUAAUACGUUAAUAAAAGAAAAAAAUGUUUAUAAAGUCAA